UCUGGCAACCGUGAGUCCCCAGCUCCAGGCGUUAACAUCACCACUACAAGGACAGUUCAGGCUACUUCAGCUCGACCAGCGUUACGUUUAUUGUCACAUUAAUUCUCCAGGUCCCACCAUGCGCAGUGUGUAUCUCCUGAUACCUGCGCUGCUGCUCCUCCUGGCCUUUCCCGUCUCCAGGGGGCGCUACAAUGACGACUUUGAUGAUGGCGAGGACCUAGCAGACUUUGAUGACAAUGACUUCGCUGAGUUUGAGGACAUGAAUGACGAUCAAGGAGCGGAAGCAGAAACUGCUCCUCCGCCUCGCGCCUCACCAUCCUCGCAGCCUGAAGAGGAUGAAGAUGAAGACGAAGCAACUGUGGAGCUGGAGGACGGACUGGACGGUUUUGAGGACUCAGAGACCCAGGAUCAAGACAUAUACAGCAAAUAUGACCAGGAGGAGUUUGAGGGCAUUGGAGACAUGGAUAAGCCAGGCCACUCCAUGAAGGACCCCCUCAUAAUCCACACGGUUCCUGCACAUCUGCAGAACAGCUGGGAGAGCUACUACAUGGAGAUCCUGAUGGUCACCGGUCUGUUGGCUUACAUCAUGAACUAUAUCAUUGGCAAGAACAAAAACAGUCGCCUUGCUCAGGCCUGGUUCAACUCACACAGGGAGCUUCUAGAGAGCAACUUUGCACUAGUGGGUGAUGACGGCACCAGUAAAGAAGCAGUGAGCACUGGAAAGCUUAAUCAGGAAAAUGAGCACAUCUACAACCUGUGGUGCUCUGGACGUGUUUGCUGUGAAGGCAUGCUGAUCCAGCUCAAGUUCCUGAAGAGGCAAGACCUGCUCAAUGUUCUGGCCAGGAUGAUGAGGCCCGCCUGUGAUCAAGUGCAAAUCAAAGUGACUCUGAAUGAAGAGGACAUGGACACUUUUGUGUUUGCUGUUGGCACAAAGAAGGCGAUGGCCAGGCUUCAGAAGGAGAUGCAGGACUUGAGUGAGUUCUGCGGUGACAAGCCUAAGUCUGGAGCCAAGUAUGGACUCCCAGACUCCCUGGCUAUUCUAAGCGAGAUGGGCGAGGUCACAGAUGGGGUGAUGGACAAUAAGAUGGUGCAUUAUAUCACCAAUCAUGCCGACAAGAUCGAGUCCAUCCAUUUCUCGGACCAAUUUUCUGGUCCAAAAGUUAUGCAAGAGGAGGGUCAGCCCUUAAAGCUGCCUGAGACCAAGAAGACGUUGUUGUUUACAAUUAAUGUGCCUGGCAUGGGCAACACCUCUCCCAAAGACAUGGACGCUCUGCUCCCUCUCAUGAACAUGGUGAUCUACAGCAUCGACAAGGUCAAGAAGCUCCGUCUCAACAGAGAGGGCAAGCUGAAAGCUGACAGAAACCGUGCCCGUGUGGAGGAGAACUUUCUGAAGCAGACUCACGCUCAGCGGCAGGAGGCGGCCCAGACCCGCCGGGAGGAGAAGAAGAGAGCCGAGAAGGAGCGGAUCAUGAACGAGGAGGAUCCUGAGAGACAGCGUCGUCUGGAGGAAGCAGCGCAGCGACGUGAGCAGAAGAAGAUUGAGAAGAAGCAGAUGAAGAUGAAGCAGAUCAAAGUGAAAGCCAUGUGAUCGACCACCACGGGGAAUCAAGCACACAUGAAAGCAGCGCUCGAAUCCAGCUUCUCUCACCGCAGUCUGCAGCUCUGGCUCACAGUCGCUCUAAACAGACAUCCUGUGUCUCUGGGUGUGUCAAGCUCUGCUGUCUGUCACCACCUGCUCCAUUUGGUGUGGCUGAAUCCAAAUAAUGAAAGUGAACUGUCCGUGUCAGCUGAGAGGGACUUUUUCAUUAUCAUAUCACCACCAAGAUAUUUUUUUUUUUCUCUGUCAAACUAUUUUCUCUAAAUUAAUCAAAGAUCUAUUUGAAAGCUGUUUAGCUUGGUGAACUUUUUAAACUUCAUCUGCUUGGAGAGAACACACUAUUCGGUGGUAUUUGGCCACAUUUUAAACAAAAUGAAAGCAUUGCUGUGGUUUCACUGGAAAUGUUUUUGCAUUAAUAUAAUCUUAAAUGAUACUAUCAAGGAAAUUUUAAUUUAUAUCUGCUAUGAGGUUGGUUUCUUGCAGGCUGUUUCUAAUGAAUAUCUGAGCAAACAUAAUAAAAUGCACUGGAGUCUGUUGGAAAA